UGAGUAUUAUGAGGUCACAAUUUCGGUCGAGGCAUGGUCAAUUCGAAUAAAGCCCAAACAGCUUUAUGAUACAUUUCACCGCACAUAUGUAUACUUCACAUAACUGCAAAAGCACUUCAAAGUACAAGUUUUAAAAAAAUCAUUUUAAUUAUACUUCAUAUUUUAAUUCCAUAUUUGUAGUUUAUACCUUUUAUAAGCAUAACACAGUUACUAUGCAUUUUAACAGGUCUUCCAGUGUGCAAAGUUCGAAGUGGACAAACACAAAGUUGAUAUCAUACUGAAUCCACCAGUACACAUGGUUGAGGACACGUACCUUAUCCCACCAAAAACAAUCAUCUCCGUGAAGGGUAUAUUAAGAAAAUCUUCAGAUUUGAUAGAGAGCUCUAACAGCAGGAGAAAAGAAUUGACCCUCGAGUCCCUUGACGGCCAAGACAUUAUAAUAUGCAAGUUAUGGGGGGAAACUGCAGACUUGGUAGUCCCACCCAUAGACUCAAUUAUCACUGCCACAUGUGUACAAGUUGCUGUCUGGAAAGGGACUAUGAGUCUUAACUCCACAAACCUGACAAAACUUAAGGAAACAGAUGAAGAGACACUAUUUCAAGGUGAAAUAGAAGGGUUGGAAAUCCUUGAAGAAUCAAAUUACAUCAUCGUGGAUGGCAAAACCUUAAAAGUAGACAAUUCCCUAUUGGAAACAAUUUUCCCUGGAAAAAUAUUCAAAGAAACGAUCUCCAUUGCGGGCAAAGCAAAGGGUCUGACAAUUGCUGAAGUGUAAGUCUUAGGAAUCUUUAUAAAAGUACUCACUGCUGAUUAAUUAUAGUAUA